CGCUUGUGGUGUGAUUUUAUUACACGCCUUUAUGUUUCGACGCACAUAUAUCGUGCUCAAGAAGGGUUGGACGCACAAUCCUGGUCACACGCGUCGAGGUGGGAAAAACCUAGCGUGGCGACCAAAAAUACCGGAGGAAAAGUUAGAACAAUUUGUGCCCCUUGAUUUGGUGCAUCCUCGACGACAUCCCAACAAUUGGCAGGAGAGGCAGUUCAAUCUCCUUGGUUACACCAAGUGGCCAAAGGAGAUUGGGUUUUAUAACGCGGGAGAUAACUUUGAGCUAACCCCCGAGGCGUCCUGGCGUUUGUACCUGAAGGCGUGUGAUGAGCCCUGGUGGGGGCGACUGCAUAAUGAAAAGGUUAUUAUUCACUUGCUACCAAAGGUAGAGAAGGAUCCUAAAACUCAUAUGGAGCGAGUUAACCAUAUCUUUAGACACCAUCUAAAGCGCUUCGGUGCGGACCACUACAUUUACAACGCUGUCAUGCAGGCUGCCGCGUUUGCCAAGGAUUUCGAUCGCUGUGAGCACUUAUUUAGAGAGAUGCGGGAUGUUGGCCUGGAGCCUAACGCUCAAAGCUACAUCAACAUGAUGCUGGCUGGAAAGCUUUCCGGAAAAUCCCGAGACGACUGUGAGACGUAUUUCAAAGAAGCUGUCAAAAAGCAGGCCAUCUUUGCUGUGAUGCGAAUAGACGUGGAGUUCAGCAUGUGGAUGGAUCAGCUGGAUCGUCUUGGUUCAUUCACCGCCGGGAGUGGCUAUCUGAGCGUGAACGAAGAAGGCGCCAAACCGAUGCCGAGGGAUAUGUGGGCGUUGUGGGGAUGGCAUAAGUCGGAGGGAAAGUUUAUCAGUCGUAAGGCCCACAUUAUGAACCAUGUACGCUGCCGGGUGCACGGUGGAAAGCAGCUUAUCGGUACGGUCUACUCAAAAAGGCGCCGACAGCCGUGGGCGUUGUAUAACGGCCUGCUACCAAAGGACUUUAAGGGUCCCGCGUACCGCCCACCCAUCACCUUUACGCCUCCAUCUGUUUAUAGUAGUGAAGUUGCAGGAAAGAGCUAUUAG